UCAAAACCGCAUCGAUAUGGAGGGAGGAGAGGACCAGCGAGCUCAGGGAGACACUGACUGCAACUCAGAAACCCCAAUCUCAGAACCAAAGCCGCUUGAUCCACCGUCCACAUUUCCCCGACCCGGGUCCGAUUCUUCUCAGGAUGGCCGCACUGAAUCGAGACCCACUCUCGACCAGACCGAGAUGUUCAGAGCCCUCGAAGUCUUGGAGAGAGACUCCGUUGCCAUCGCGGAGAGCUUCACUUCUCUAUUCGAUUCUCUUCGCUUAGCUCUGUCUGAGGUUACUAGUAGCUCGGUUGAUCAUAUGCAUUGCUUCAACGAUGCUGCAGGCCGCCUUCAAGAAUCUGUUCUUGAUGCAGCAACCAAGGGGAAUCGAUACAUAAAUUCAUCUCUAAGAUUAAAUGAGGAGAUGAAGGGCGUAGACAAUCUAGCUAUGCAGCUGAAAAUCCUGAGGAGAAAUGUAGAUGCUCUAGACUCAGGUGUGAACAGGCUCCUCCGUCUUCCAUGAAGUUGGAGCUGCUCGGCACAUUAUUUACAUCAAUUGCUUAGUCUUUUCCCUUACUUCCUCUGUACUUAUGUAGGAUUGUUUUUGCUUGGGAUCUGGGAAUUAUAGAAUUCAUUUGUGAUAUGCAGUGCAUGUUGAAAUCUUUCUCUCAACUUUUUUAAUUUUUGGAUGUAUUGAACAUGCUGCCCCAUUCAGUGCAAAUAAACCAGGAGAUUUGUUUA